GGGAAUGCCCGUCACGUCGGUGUUCAGUGACUGAGCUUCAGUCGAGCCUCGGCCUCUCACCGCGUCGCAUCUUGUUCCCAUUUUUGGCGCGUGUUCUUGAUAGAGUCAGGUCUCGAGGUAGCGCGAAACAUUGGUGCGCGAGUCGGUGAUAGCUAUCGAACGGUGAUGCGAGACAUCUCCGCGGAACGAGGGCUCGCGAGGACCACGUGGACCAGUUCGAUAUAGGAUCUACCGUUUCAGCUAGACGACAUGGGAGAUCGAUCGAGGGCGAGCUGAGGCCGUGACAUGAAAGACAGGCUUCGAAAAUGAUGAGGAGAAAGAAGCAAGGAGUCACCGAGGGCGAAGGAGCAUCCAUCCUGCUACUCGUCGCAUUGGCUCCUGUUAUCUGCUCCGCUGGAAUCCUGGACCCUUGGCAGUGGGCGCGUAGCGAUCGAAUCGAGGUCAACAUUCCUUGGUUGCCAUUCGAGAACGAGACACGUUGCUACGACGAGCUAGGCUGUUUGAACAUAACCAGGAGCUGGUACCAUCUCAUCCACAGACCACUCAACGUAUUCCCUCUACCGCGAGAGGUUAUCAAUACAAGAUUUAUCUUGUACACGAAAGAGAAUCCUCUGGAAGGUCAGGUGCUAAUAGCCUCUAAAGAUAAGUCUAUCAAACGAUCCUACUUCAAUCCAAAAAGAAAAACAAAAUUCAUCAUACACGGUUUUAUAGAUACUCCGCUUAGUAAUUGGGUCAAGGAGAUGAGGAACGAAUUACUGAAGCACGAUGAUUACAAUGUUAUCAUCGUCGACUGGGCUGGAGGUAGCCUGCCACUGUACACCCAGGCAACUGCUAACACUAGACUUGUUGGCCUUGAAAUAGCCAAUCUCAUCAAACAUUUACAGACAAAUUAUAGACUGGAUCCGAACGAUGUACAUCUGAUUGGACAUAGUUUGGGAGCGCACACAGCUGGUUACGCGGGUGAAAAAUUAAGUGGAAAUAUUGGUCGCAUCACUGGAUUGGAUCCUGCAGAGCCCUAUUUUCAAGGAAUGCCUAGUCAUCUGAGGCUCGAUUACACAGACGCAAAACUGGUUGACGUCAUCCACACCGAUGGUAAAAGCAUCUUUUUCUUAGGACUUCCAGGAUACGGGAUGAGCCAGCCGUGCGGUCACCUAGAUUUCUACCCCAACAACGGCAAAGAGCAGCCAGGCUGUACAGAUCUGAGCGAAACAACUCCUUCUCUGCCUCUGACACUGAUAAGAGAGGGUCUAGAAGAGGCGUCGAGGGUGUUGGUGGCUUGCAAUCACGUGCGUGCCAUAAAACUCUUCAUCGAGAGCAUCAACUCGAGGUGCCACUACGUAGCCCACGAAUGCUCCAGUUACGCCAGCUUUCUGAGGGGCGAAUGUUUCUCUUGCAAGAGCAACAACAGCCUCAGCUGCGGUAUCAUGGGAUAUCACGCUGACAGCAGUCCUGCGCUAGUUAGGAGGCAAUCAAUGGGCCAGGAUGUUCUAUCGUUGCUGGGCUCGAAAUUUUUUUUCACCACUGGCAAGGAUGACCCUUACUGCAGAAGGCAUUAUAGAAUUACUAUCAACCUCGCGCGUCCACCGACUGCAGAAAGCUGGGUUCAAGGUUUCAUGAAAGUCACUCUUCGAGCUGAAAAUGGUAUAAUGCGUGACGUCGAUCUCACUCCCAGUGGUUACAUGAAAUUGGAACAUGGAUCGACAGUGCGAAUGGUGGUCGCCCAUCCAGCGGGGGCAACAGGAGAUAUUGGGAAAAUUAGGCGAGUUGAGCUUUCAUGGACAUACGACAUGGACGUGCUGCAACCGCGAUCAUUAUGCUUUUUCUGGUGCAACGAUCGACUUUACGUGAAUAGCGUCACCGUUGAUGUCAUGGAGCUUCCUGGUAGAGGAAAAAGAGAAGCAGACUUCACCAGUAAACUUUGCUCAGCGAGCAGACAAGAGUAUGCAGAAAUUGCUAGUGGAUCCACAGCAUCGUUCAUUGAUAACUGCUGACAUAUCACUUCGAAUUUACUAGAAAGUGAUUUCGAUUAUUGGCUUAAGGUACUUAAUACUGUUCCUGUAGAAAAUACGAUGAUUGAACAUUUGUAGCACGAACAAUGAAAACUGUAUGACCUAUCGAGAUAAAUUCAUGUUGAAGUAAUCUUAUUGUAUACUUCGCAACACUUUAAUUUUGAACAUAUUUGCUACACUACAAAACGUAAAACAGUGUCUAUGUGUAUUUAGAAAAAUGUAUUUUCGAUAAGAGUUAAUUUGAAACAAUAUUUAUAUUUAUACUUAUAUCUGUAAGGGGAGUUAUCACAAAUUUCUAAAACAAAAUUAAGAAACUUAUACACGAUGGUACGUUCUUCGAAUGGAAAACAUUUACGUAAUUAUUUUUAAAUGCCACAGAAAACUUUCUACACAAAAAUCAAAGAGACAAGAAGUACUAUCUCCACGGUAAAUCCGUUUGUAGAAUUGUCGAGUGGUCACCGUUUCGAAAGAAUAUUCAGACGUUUUUCCAAAAAAGCAAUGUUAGCUUAUAAGAGGAGGCUAUGAUCAAAACAAACGCAUUUUGAACAGUAACAGGCUUAAUGCAGGGGUCGAUGAGUAUAAACAAAGUGUAAAAAGUAAGCUUUCACUUGUGCCCAGUAUUGUCUCGAUUCGUUGAUAUUGAAAUUUUUCAUUUUCAAUAUUGAUGUCUUGUAUCGAUGAUUUUUUUUUUUUAUAUAAAAAUAGUUGGCCAGAUAUGGCGAAUAUUCUACAGAUUAUUUAUCCUCAUUGUACUCUACAUCAUGACAUUGGUACCGCUUAGAAAUCGUAGCCUUCCCUUAUUAGAUCAACGAAGGCAUGCGUAAUGUGUGAUCUGCGGCAGUAUUAAUAUGAUCGAUUACUUUGUACAUCUUGUAUAUAAAAUUGGGUAUGUGUAAUUAAUGUAAGAUAAUGCUAGAGUAUUAUGUAAAAGCAAGUAUUCUGCGAGUGAAUAUCAUCGGUUUCUGGAAAAAAUUGUACCAAUUUUUAUAUGAUAUUUACAUAGAAACAGUGUUUGUUGCAGCAUAACAGCGACAACCUUUUGUGAUAUUUUCUUUGUAUAAUUUAAAUACUAUAUUUAAUACAUAAUUAACUGGUAACGUCGAUUAGAAUUGUACAAACCAGAAGUAAGACAGCGGCUGUAAGCAAAUACGAAAUACUUUGUGUACUGCAUAUUGUUAAUACAUCUCAAGUAUUAGAAAUAAUCUUUAUACAUACAUCUCAGAUAUGAAAUAUAGAUUUGUUAUGCCAUAAUAGAAUGACAGCAUUGUAAUUGAAAACUAGAAUUUCUGACGGCAUACGUUCUUAUAAAAAAAAAAAAGUAUGACCAUCUUUCUUGUAGUAAUAAUUGUUCAGUAACUGCAGGAAAAGAAACACACUUGUACAGCUUGCUAAUCUUUUGCAAUUUUACUCCUCGAUAAACAUUGUACACGUCGAUUCAUCGCUGAUACAAAAAGAUCAUCGUGGAGUGCAGCUAUACACGAUAACACAUGAUUUUUAUUUUACAUGAGAUUCAACAAUAAUCGAGUAAAAAAGCCGUUCGUGUUUGGUCAACGCGGUAACAAGGGUUGGUAAAAUACAGGAUGUUCAGAAAUUGCGGGACAACUCUUUAGGAUCCAGAUUUGCUGAUUUUAGUACAUUUUUUUUGUCGAACCUAGUUCGACAUAGAACCACAACGAGUUAAUAGAAAUCGAAAAAUCCUCCACCGUUUUGUAAGCUGAGACGUCGUUUUUGGGAUACAAGUAGUUAAAAUUAAAAGAUCUCUAAUUCCUAAAUUUGAAUUGCUUGCAUUGUAAAAACAAAACCUCGGACAACAAAGUGGUAAAGUACUUUUGUUCCGUCACGAAGAACAUAAACGAACCAACGAACUUUCCACGUUUUAUGUUCUUCGCGACGGAACAACCUUUCGAUUUCUACUUGUACCGUAAUUUUAAGACACCCUGUUUGUAAUAUGAUAUAUAGAGAUACACAUAAUAUAAUCUAAUAGUCUCUAUUUGUAUAACGUAUAAUUUGCAUAUAUAAAUAAUAAAUAGAAAAUGAGGAGCGAGA